CACUACACUCAAAAGGGAAGGAGUUUAAAAUCGAUUUUUUAAUGCAUUUCGUGCACUUGAUAUGAAAAAGUAGAGUUUUUUCGACGAGAAGAUUAUCAAAAAAUUGAUAAUAAAUUUUAGUAAAUAAAAAUUUUCAGCGAAUCUUAACUUCAAAAGUAAUAAUGGAUGCACUAUUGGAUGAAGUCGAAUCUUUAGAAGCCAUACUUAUGGAAGAUGUGCGCGUAGAACGUAACGAAGAAAGUAUUCCUCAGUUUAUAGAAACCACUGUUUUCCCUUUGGUUGGUGAGGAUACCGAGCAGCAAUACGUUUGCGUUACGCUACAAGUUUUGUUUAGUCCUGGUUAUCCAGAUGUUAGUCCAGAUUUUAAACUCUUACGACCUCGUGGUUUAGACGACCAUCGUUUGGCCUCAAUUAAGGCAGCUUGUGACACGAAGCUUCAAGAUUCUCUAGGUUUUCCAGUGGUAUUUGAUUUAAUAGAAGUUGUACGAGAGCAUUUAUCUGGCAGCAAUCUGCCUAGCGGUCAGUGUGUAGUGUGUUUAUAUGGUUUCUGUGAUGGCGAUGAAUUUACACGAACUGAAUGCUUUCAUUACUUGCAUAGUUAUUGCUUAGGCCGUCAUUUGAAUGCCAUGCGUCGCAAUUAUCAGGAAGAAUUUAAUAAACUGCCUGCAUGGCAGCAAAAGACAGCUGAGCCUUUCCAGGCUUUGUGCCCAGUGUGUCGGGAGCCUAUAAAGGACGACAGUGAUAGUUUAAGGUGUGCUAUGCCGCCAUCGGAGCUAGAGAAUGCUCCCGAUUUUCGACCUACCCAAGAAUUAAGGCAACUACAGCAACGUAUGUCAGCCUUGUUCUUGCAGCAAAAAAGCCGUGGUGCAAUCAUUGACAUUGAGGCGGAAAGUGGUGCGGUCAUUUCAAUCGAAAGUGAAGAGGACAUACGUCGUCGCUUACAACGUAAACAACAAGAAGAAUCAUUGCAAACCAAUUCCCUGGGAGGAGCUGAAAUUUGUGACAGCGACGUUAAUUCAACCGAAACUGGGUCGUUAGCCGAACAGCAAAAGGACGGAAGCGACAUGGGUGGAAGCAAUUCGACUAAUUUUGCACCGAUUGUGCAACAAACACAACGCAUCGCCAAUGAUCCGACAAAUAACAAUUAUCAUCAUAAUCGACGUUAUUUCAAGGGUGGCAGACGGCAUCAUCAUCAUCAUCAUCAUCAGCAAACGCAACGUGAAAGAGAACGUUUCGAACAUCAUCACAUUCCCUCAUCAUCAACGUGUUCAUCAUCGUCAACUACUAAUAACGCAACUAGUCAUAGUCAUUCCUCGGGUUCACAACCUACCUCCACUACUCAUGCCAAUAGCAAACAGGCCAAGGCCCAUACAACCGGUCACGCCCAUAACAGGUGACGAUGGGCUCCCAAUGGCCAUACAAGCUGCAAUAUAGAGACAUUUCCAAAGAUACUACAGUUGCUGCUGACUCUGCUUUUAAGCAUAAAAUUAUGCUUAAGCGGUUCUCGAAUGCCGUUUAAACCUUCAGCAUUGUCACAAUCACGAUUAUCAUAUACGUUUAAUUACGGCCAAUAAUAAUACGAGUACGAGUUAACUAAAUUAAUCUUAUUUCUUUACGUUUGCAUGGUUUUAUAAUUUUUGCUUAUAAGCCAUUGAGAAGCAAGCGAGCCAAGUGACAAUAUUAGUUUGUAUGGUUAUUUAAAAUUUUUAUUUUUUUUAAAUUUUUUUAUUUUUUGUUUUUUUUUAGAGAUAUUUUUUAAGUGUAAAGU